AUGUCCUUGCUACAAGUUGUUAGCGUUCUCCAAAGCAGUUCUGCGACCCGGAGGCAAUUGAGUGCUAGGGAGGUAAAUAUAGAACCAUCAGAGGUCUUUCACACCAGCGUUGUCCCUAACUCGCCUAAUAGCCCGAAUGUUAGUGUUUGUCUCAGGCUUUGCUUACAGCCCAACCGAGAGGUGACUCGAGGCCUCACGCCCCUGCAUUACGCCUGCUACAUCAACAACUUGAGUGCGGCGAAGCUUCUGCUCACUAACGGCGCCAAGUACACCGAAACAGUACAUCAAUACGAAAUACCGAUAAUCGGAGUAAAUGGAAAAUAUCCGAGCCGAGAAAAUAUUGAUGAACCCCUUCGAUUAGCUAUUAAGAAUGGGCACUACGAAUGUGCUCGUUUGUUGCUGCAAAAUGGCGCCUCUCCGAAUGCGAUCUACUUCGACGGGCCGGAAAUCACUCAUGUCAGCCCUCUCGACACCAACUUCAUCGAGCUUUUGCUUAAAUAUGGCGCAAAUCCGAAUGUGUUUGACCGUAAAGGACUUACUCCGAUAAUGAAGGCUUGCCGAUUCAAGCAAAACGGCAUCGAGGCAAUCAGAAUUCUUCACAAAUAUGGCGGAGACGUGAACGCGAAAGCCGACUUGCGUCAGGACUUACGCACGCCCAUGCACUACGCCGUACUUAGUGGAAGCGCCCAGUUGGUGAAGUUCCUCAUCGGGCUCGGGGCUAACGUCACAAUGCCAAAAGGGUACAGAAAACCGUCAGUGAUUGAUAUCGCAGUGCUUAAGGACGACCCAACAAUUCUCAAGAUGGUUAUUGAAGCAGGUGCUGAUGUUAACGCCAUUCAUACUUAUAUCGGUUCGGCUCUACAUCUUGCCACUUGUUCAGUUCUCGAGCAUCAGUACGAGAUUCUGCGUCUACUUCUUGAGGCGGGGGCCGACCCAAACAUUCAACAUCGGUUCGAUGACGGAUCGCAGCUGAAGAGCCCUUUUGUCGAAUAUUUCCGAUCCAGAGAUGUGUUGGAUCCACGAGUCGUUCAUUUGCUCCUCUCUUACGGAGCUCGAGUGGUAAUGCGUUCACCUUUAAGAGACAUGCGCGGUCAGUUGAGAAACGUACUUCGUCUCGCCGCCACUCACGACCAGCUACAGCUAUUGAACGCCAUGCUCUCACUUGGGGAGGGGUAUGACAUCAGUGCUAUCAACCGGCUUCCGAUGUCGAUAGCCAUCAAAGGUGACAUCCUGAAACGAGCAACGUGA